AUGGUAAUUCUUAUACUAUAUAUUUUAGGAUGGGGUUGUUUAGGAAGUAACUGUUAUUUUAAUAGCUGUGGUGGGAGUUAUUAUUAUGGGUAACCUGAUAGUUCUUCAAGUUUAUAUAUUGUUGUUAGCAGAAUAUUUUUAAAUCUAGAAGAUCAUUCUCAUAUUAAAGUAGAUUUCCAGUUGUUAUAGUAAAAGAUAAUAUCAAUUAAAUUAGGAUUUCUAGUUAAUCUACUCCUGUUGUGGUGUUAGACGGUCGUUAUAUAUAUGAUUUUUCUACCACUUCUUAAAGCCACGCGUGUGGAACAAAGUUAACUAUAUCAGUAACUAUUUAACAUAACAGAAGAACUCUUUGGACUUGGAUAAAUAAUUAUUGGGUAGGAGGAUUAUUAUCAUUCUAAUUAAGUAUCAUUAAAUGCUAGUAUGAUUGCGCCGGAUGCAUAGAGAGUUAGAAAAUAUUUUGCUUAAAAUGGUUAUUUCAUUCAUAUUCAUUAAAUUAGAAAUAUAUCGCAAUUUCAGAUGGAUGGACUUUUUCAUCAAUUUAUGAGUAUUCCUUUUAUUGUGGAGAUUGCUAAUUCUUGAAAUUUUGGCUAAUUAAAUAUUAAACUUGGCUACCCCUUCAUUAAGAUGUAUUGCUCAGGUUUUAUAAAUAUGAUUUAAUUACUAUAAUUAUAGACUAUUCAUAAGGUUAAACAACUUUAAGUUCUGGUUAUUAAUUAAUAGAAGUACUAAUAGAAAACCAUUCUGAUCCGAUAUUAUCAGUGACAAUUACAACUUUACCAACCUCUAAUUAUUGUUUAAUAAGAGAUUUUGAAGUGUUUUACACUUAACCAGAGAAAAAAAUAGUUAACAAGUUGAAUAAAGGAUGUUUAGAGUAAAUUGAUGAUAAAUGCCUGAUUUGUUAGGAAGGCUGGAUUGAAAAUAAGUCUCUUGCAAAUUGUCAUCAAAUUUGUAGUGAUGGAACCAUUCAAGAUUAAUAUUGUCAUAUAAGAGAUUUAAAAGUAUCUUACACUUAAGCUUAAAUAGUAGUAAGCAAUUUGAAUGAAGGUUGUUUAGUGUAAAUUGAUAAUUCGUGCUAGGUCUGCAAAGAAGGUUGGAUAAGAGAUGAAUUUCUUGACAAUUGUCAUCCAAUUUGUGGUGAUGGAAUUAUACAAGGAUAAGAAGAAUGUGAUGAUGCUAAUCUAAUAUCUAAUGAUUCUUGUUAUUAAUGCAAAUAUUCAUGCAUAAAUUUUUGCAAAACCUGUGUAUUUGGAAUUUGUUUUGAAUGUCUUUUUGGAUUUGAUCUUAAUGCUGACUUUAAUUGUGUGUCUUUGUGUGGAGAUGGUAAUGUAGUACCUUAUUCGGCUGAAUAAUGUGAUCUCACGGAUAAUGGAGAAUGGGAUCAUUGUUAGGAUUGCAGAUUUAUAUCAAUAGCUAAUUGCAAACGUUAAUUACUUUCAAUGUGCUUGGUGUGUGAAAUAGGAUUUUUACUGUUAUAUAAUGAAUGUUUCCCUCAUUGCGGAGAUAAAUACGUUGUCAAAUAAUAUGAGGAAUGUGAUGAUGGAAAUUUAUAGCCUUAUGAUGGUUGUUUUGAAUGUAAAUUUCAAUGCGCUCAAGAUUGCAACAUUUGCCAUCUAGGAGAAUGCAUUUUAAAAUGUGGAUAUGGAUACAAGUUUGUUAAUGAUAGGUGUCUUUCAAUUUGUGGUGAUCAAAUUAUCACAAUAGAAGAGGAUUGUGAUGAUGGCAAUACAAUCUAAUUUGAUGGUUGCUUCAACUGCAAGUAUUCUUAUUCAUGUCCAGAAAAUUGCAAAGAAUGCUAUCAAGGUACAUGUGUAGAGUGCAUUGAUCAAUAUUAAUUAUUAAAUUCAAAUUCAUGCAAAUUAUAUCUAAAUUGUGGAGAUGGUUUGCUUUAGAAAUAAGAGGAAUGCGAUGACGGAAAUUACGAAGGAGUAGAUGGUUGUAAGGAUUGCUUGAUUGAAUAAAAUUGGAUAUGCAACUAGUUGACAAGAAAUUCUCCAAGCGCAUGCACUUUUGUUAAACCUCCAAAAUUAGAAAUUUCAUAUCUCAACAUGACUUCGAAUAAAUAAUACCUAAGCAUCAAAUUUAAUCAAUAAGUAAAAAUAUACACAACUUAACCUUUAUCAGAAACAAUAAUUUUUACAUUACCAAACGUAGACAAGAAGAAUUGGAAUAGCAGCUUAUAUAUCAUACAGGAUGUUGGAUCAUAUGUAAGUUUUGGAGAAUAUAACAUCGAAAUAAUUGUUUAUCAAUUACUUGAAUUUAAACCCAUCUUAACAAUUUUAGUUAAUCAGACAGUUGCUAAUAUAGAUAAUGUUGUUUUGGAAGACUUUACAAAAUCAAUAACUUUAUAAUAUCCAAAAUAUCUUGAUGAAACUUAGAAGGAUUAUUCUCAUAAGUUGAAGAAUUUAAAUAUUUAUUUAAUCUAUGGUUUGUCUGGGAUUAUCUGUGUAAAUCUACUCACAGGAAAUGGGGAUUUAUUUAUCGAAAUUUUGGCAAUCCUUUAAUUUCAGCAAUAUUUGAGGUACAUUAAUCUGUAAUUUCCAGAAAAUUUAGAGAUUUAUUUUUCGAUUAAUGAUUUGAUAACAAUUCAACCUCUAUUAGAUUUAAUAGAUUUUUUAUCAAUAUUUUAGUUCAUUGAACUUUAGUAAAAUUAAGAAUCAUAUUCAGAGGGAAAAUUUGAUGUUUACAAAUAGAACCCAAGCUUGAUAAUAAAUCUUUCCUGCCAAAUAUUAUAAUGCUUGAUUUUUUUAUUCCUCAUUAUGUUGUACCAAUUAAUUAAGAAAAUUAUAUACAAAUGGAUAUUUUGUUCUAGAAACUUUUACUAUGCCUCUACUUUAUCCUUAUACAUCAAACCAAAAUUAAUUUUUAAGUGUGAGGAAUCCUUUUAUAACAUUUGCCGAGAUAUACUUAAUUUGAAAAAAUUGAUAUCAUUUUAAGGUUUAUAAAAAGCCUUAAUUCUAAAUGGUUGGGAUAUGACAUUUAAAACUCUAUUGUAUAUGCGAAACAUUUCAACUAAUAAUUACUUAGAUAUUGUACAACUUAUUCUAGCAAGCAUAAUUCUUAUUCUUUAUUUUACAAUAUUGUUAGAUGGUUUCAAAUCUAAAUAAAAAUUAGUAAAUAUGAAAAAGUUUGAGAUUUUAAGUUUUGGAAGAUAAUUUUUCUUUUUAUUCUUCUUGAUUAGUAUUUAAAGAUCUGAAAUAUUAUAAUUAGGAUUACUCCUAUUGACAAGUAUCUUUUAGAUUAGCUUAUUAUUUAUUUAUAGGCAUAUUUAAAAUAAGAAUAAAUAAAUCGUUUAGAUGGUAGUAGAGAUAUCAGUACUGACAUUUAUGCUCAGUUCAUUCUUAUACAUCAAAGAGUGUAAUGAAUAUUUUAAUGAAAAGAAAAAAAUAAUAUUAGGAUGGAUUCAUAUAAUGAUUCUAUCUUCGGGUUUAAUUUUAGAAGUAAUUUUUAUUAUCAAAGAGUUAUCUGUAAAAUUGAAAAAGAUAUACAAAAGAAAAAAACCAUAAUGUGCGAGAAAUCCAUUAUUUAUAUGA